GGCGAGUUGGCGAAACAUUCACAAAGUUGAACGGAGGCCAGAAGUUUCGAUCUUCAUAGAGGUCGCCGGAAAGCCUCUCAAACUGUACGCCCGAGCCUGAAGAUCCAUUCAAAAAGCUUCGCCAUGAUCAGUAUUCUCACUCAGGAGCGUUUGCUGGGAGCAGCAUUAGGGAGCAUACUCACGGGGGUGGUGGUAUUUGAGCAGCGCCGGAGUAUUUACAAGACCGUCUCUGAUACUCAAUCUCAAUUUUUUCCUCAUUCUCAGAUAAAAGAGCCUAUUUUUGAAAAGGAGCGCCGCUUCGAGUUUGCACACCUAUGGAAUAAAACAGUGGAUCAGAUUAUGGGACCUGUCAUCAAGUCUGUCAGCUCACGUGGAUGGUAGAAAUCAUUGUGCAAUUCUAGAGCUGCUUCACAAACUUUCUACUGUCGUUUUGUAAAAUUCAUACACCUGCACAUGCAAUGGCUUCCUUGAGUUGUAGCUUUUUGUUUCAUAGUGACUGAAAGAGGGAAGCAACCAUGUUCUGCUGCAAUGAUGCAGCACAUUAUUAGGUUGCUUGUUUUGUGACAUUCAUUUGGAGUCAUGUAUUGAAGAAACUUAAUUCUAUUAAUGUACCAAUAAAAAACACGGAGAAUUCUAUGGUCUUCUGUUCUUGAUA